UGACCGGUCGACGUCCUUCUUUUGCGUCAGCUUCGUGUGUCGUGAAGGGGGUUUCUGACUACCCAGUUAAAAAUGACUGAGACCUUAAAACUCCGGGGCACCCUCAGUGGUCACAAUGGAUGGGUUACCCAAAUUGCUACCAAUCCUAAAUAUCCGGACAUGAUUUUGUCAUCUUCCCGAGACAAAACUCUUAUUGUAUGGAAAUUGACUCGUGACGAAACUAACUACGGUGUGCCACAGAAGCGUCUAUAUGGACACUCUCACUUCAUCUCUGAUGUUGUCCUGUCCAGUGAUGGAAACUACGCCCUGUCUGGUUCCUGGGACAAAACUCUUCGUCUCUGGGAUCUCGCAGCCGGAAAAACUACCAGGCGUUUUGAAGACCAUACUAAGGAUGUCCUGUCCGUGGCAUUCUCAGUUGACAAUCGUCAGAUUGUAUCUGGCUCUCGGGACAAGACCAUUAAACUAUGGAACACUCUUGCUGAGUGCAAGUACACUAUUCAAGACGAUGGCCACACCGACUGGGUUUCAUGCGUGCGUUUCUCACCAAACCACGCUAAUCCAAUUAUUGUUUCUGCUGGUUGGGACCGUACUGUUAAGGUAUGGCACUUGACCAACUGCAAGUUGAAGAUCAACCACUUGGGUCACUCUGGAUACUUAAACACAGUGACUGUCUCCCCUGAUGGUUCUCUCUGUGCGUCUGGAGGCAAGGACAUGAAGGCUAUGCUUUGGGACCUCAAUGAUGGCAAGCACCUUCACACCCUGGACCACAAUGACAUUAUCACAUCUUUGUGCUUCUCGCCCAACAGAUACUGGCUCUGUGCUGCAUUUGGGCCCUCUAUUAAGAUUUGGGAUCUGGAAAGCAAGGAAAUGGUUGAAGAACUUAAGCCUGAAAUUAUUAACCAGACUCAGUCCACGAAAACUGAUCCUCCACAGUGCCUCUCCCUGGCGUGGUCUACUGAUGGUCAGACUCUCUUCGCUGGCUACUCCGACAAUGUUAUCAGAGUCUGGCAGGUUUCAGUCUCUGCUAGAUAAGAUAUUUAAAUUGACUAUGGUUUCAUUUAUUUUUGUCCUAAGUAAUAAAAAGUAUAAAAAUAAAUGGAAUUGACUGACUUCAAACGUUUUUUUAUUAUGAUCUCCAUGUACAGCUACUUAUAAGGUACUCUAAAAUGCAGUAAUGUGUAUCUGCAGUCUUUUUGUAUAUAUUUUAUUGAAAUAAAGUAUUUAUUAAGGUGCUA